GGGCAACACUUAUGCAAGACAUCUACUGUGAUCUCAUGGGGGCUCAAGUGAAGACGUUGUCAUUCCUUGCAUACAUGGUGCGCUUCUAUGCCGACACUGUUGCCACUCAUUCUGUGCAGCUGGUCCAAGGUGUGAUGGGACUCUUCAGGCUUUGUCCUGGACAGGUGGCCCAUCUUCGCAAAGAUCUUCUAAUUGCUGCUCGACACAUCCUUGCUACAGAUCUCAAGCUCAAGUUUGUACCAGUAUUAGAACAACUUUUGGACGAGGACAUGCUCUUGGGAGUGGGUUGGACAACACAAGAGUCUUUGAGAUCCAUUGCUAACUCUACAGUGGCUGAUCUUGUUCACCAUGUACGGAUUCAUCUCAGUCUGGAACUCAUUUCCAAGGCUGUGGAAUAUUUCUCACGCAAUGUCCAUGAUGAUUCUCUGCCGAGCAACAUUCAGACUAUGUCAUGUAAGUUACUCUUGAAUCUGGUGGAUCCUAUUCGGGGCAAAGCUGAGAAUGAAGGGAAAGGAGCAGCAGGGAGGCCUUUGCUUAUGAAACUCCUUGCUGUGAUUAUAUUUAAGUUCAAAGCCCUGGCCAAGAACUAUGCUCUCUUGACAUGUGGAGGAGGUGGUAUUCUGGGAGCAGAAGCAGGUGGAAGUUCUGGGAAGCAGUUCACUGUCAAGGAGACAUUCCUUUUUAUUGACUUAGUUAAACAUGGAUUGAAUUGUUUAGAUCUCUUUGUUGUGAUUCCACCUCCCCCUGCAAAAAAUGCCCUGACUUCCUCAGACAAAGUGGCCACUCCUGCUUCUGCUACUUCCCUCCAGGUCUUACCAACUAGUAAUUCAACAGCAACUACACCAAAUGCAGCAACAGCAGCUGCUGCAGCCGCUGCUGCGGCUGUUAGAACCAAGGAAGAGAAGGAAGUAUUAGAGCAUUUUGCAGGCGUGUUUGCCAUGAUGGAGCCAGCAACUUUUCAAGAAGUCUUCUCUGUUACCAUUGGAGUUGUUGUAGAGUACAUCCAUGGGAACCCUUCUCUACAAGUCAUUGCCAAUUCCUUUCUUGCUAACCCAACAACCACAGCUAUAUUUGCAUCACUUCUUGUCCAAUACCUCCUGGACAAGAUGGAGGAGAUGGGUUCCAAUAUGGAGAGGUCCAAUCUUUAUCUCAGGCUUUUUAAGCUGGUCUUUGGGAGUGUGAGUCUGUUUGCAGCUGAGAAUGAGCAGAUGCUCAAGCAGCAUCUUCAUGUCAUUGUCAACAGAUCAAUGGAAUUGGCCCUGAGUGCCAAGGAGCCAUACAAUUAUUUUCUGUUAUUGAGAGCCUUGUUUCGAAGCAUUGGAGGUGGUUGUCAUGAUCUCCUAUAUCAAGAAUUCCUUCCUCUUCUUCCAUCUCUUUUGCAAGCUCUGCUCUUCCUUGUUGCAUGCAUUCUGCAAGUCACAGAUCCACCCUUGUUUCUAGGACUGAAUAGCCUCCAGAGUGGAGCUCACAAACAGCAUAUGAAAGAUUUAUUUGUGGAACUGUGCCUAACAGUCCCAGUGAGACUGAGUUCUCUUCUCCCAUAUCUUCCUAUGCUAAUGGACCCCCUUGUGUCUGCCUUAAAUGGGUCUCAGCAUCUUAUUGGUCAGAGAGAGAGAGAGAGAUAUUGUGUUGCAUUUCUACACUAUCAGGGUCUCCGAACACUGGAGCUAUGCGUAGAUAACCUCCAGCCAGACUUUCUCUAUGAACACAUCCAGCCUGUCCGAGCUGUCUUAAUGCAGGCUCUCUGGAGAACACUUCAUAAUCCUAAUGAUCAAGUGUCUCAGGCAGCAUUCAGGGUGUUAGGGAAGUUUGGAGGUGGAAACAGACGGAUGCUGAUGGAGCCACAGGAGCUGAAAUAUGAGGAGGAGGAUCAUGUCAACCCAGAAGUUGUGCUCACAUUUCCUGAACAGGGACUUCCAGUGCAGCUUCCUGUUAAAAGACUUCUUGAGACUGCAGUUGCAGCUCUCAAAAAUCCCUCCACUGAUAUAUUUUAUCGACAGCAGUGCUGGGAGGUGAUUCGCUCUUUCCUCAUGGUGUCAUUCACCUGGGAUUCUGAUCCUGUUGUGAUUUCUCAACUUCUCUCCCAUCCCAGCUUCAAGGAAGGGGCUAUCCCAAGCACACCCAGCAAUGGCCUGUACAGAUGUGGAGAUAGCCACCUCAGGGAACUGUAUCAGCUGGCCUUGAGUGGCAUGUUUAUAGCAGCUCUCAAAGACCUUAGAGAAUCAGUACUUCCAACUUUGAAUCCCCUUGUUCGUCACCUAACUCUCCUGGCCAUCAUUCAAAGUGGUCCUUGGCCCAUGACAGAAAAGGGAAAAGGGACCAGUCGAGGCAUGGAUCCCUUGGUACUUAUAGAUGCAUUGGCCAGCAUCAUGGGGAAUGAGGAAAAGGAACUGUGCAAGCCUGGUCAUCUGGCUCUCUCAUUGAUUCUUGACACAACCACAGCCAUCAUGGGCUCCAAAGAAAGGGCAUCGCAGCUUCCUUUAAUGGAUUACAUGUCUGAGAAACUGUGCGCACUCUGUUAUGAACGACCGUGGUAUGCCAAACUUGGAGGUUGCAUUGCCAUUCAGUUCCUCCUGGAACGACUCCCUCUUCUCUGGCUGAUGAAUCAUCAAUUUCAGUUCAUCCGAGCUCUCCUUUUUGUCAUUAAUGAUCUCACUGGUGAAGUGUCCAGUGGAGCUGUGGACAUGGCAAGAGGAAACUUGGACAGAAUCAUUGAGAUGUGUUCCUCUCCUCUCCCUCCAAUCCCUGAAACUCCCACAGACUUGUUGGCUGCUCAAGAGAAGGCUUUAUCAGAGGUGACAAUGGAAUUUAUCAAGCAUGUCACAGGUCCCAACACAGCCCUGAGAGAACAGUCUAAGCGGUGUUUGGAAAAACUGGCUGAGGUGCGAGGGAGUGGUCUGGCAAGCCUUGUUUCUCCCCACAAAGAGAUUCUGAGUGAUCUUGUUCCUCCAAAAAGGCAUCAUCUUCGACACACUCCACUCAGCACUCAAAUUGGCCUUAUGGAAGGAAAUACCUUCUGCACAUCACUUCAUCCCCCCCUCUUCAAUUUUGAUUUGUCAGUUCCUGAGCAUCGAAGCUUUUUCAAUGACUUGGUAAGCAUCUGUGAAACAGAAGAUGCCAAUCUCCUGAAGCUAGCCUGCUAUAAGUCUGUGGCAUCCCUCAUCCCAUUGAGAAAAGCAGCACUUGAAGCUUUGGCCUCUUGUCACUCCUUUGAUCGAAAUCUUACUAUUGAAAAGAUCCUUCCUGUUCUGUUUAAAGCCUUCACUUCAGGAGUGCCUGAACUUCUUCAGGUCUCCUUCUGCUGCCUCCAGAAGAUUCUCCCACAUCUGCAGUUGGAAGAUGAUAUUGUGAGAGCACUUGAAUUUUGUUAUGAUGAUAAUGACAUAUUACAUGAUGUUUGGGAACAGGUGAAUGGACUUACACAUGGGAUUUUGAACCACAUCACAGAUUAUCGAUCUCUAAAUGUGUCAACUCUUGAGCAACUCAUCUGCCUUGGACAGCUUUUUCCGGGUUUGUUCAGUGAGAAGAUUCAUGAACAGAUGCUUCAGCACCUGAAGAAGUGGCUGGAGGUUUCCAUCGUUCAAGCAAAGAGUGCAAAUCGAGGAUGCAUUGGAGUGGAGCGGGAGAAGGAGAUCUCUGGCAAGAUAUUGACCUUUUUCGGGAAGCUUCAGUCAGUGACAGAGAAAUAUGUGGAGCCAUGCCUUCGACUAGUGCUUCAGGUGGAGAAAACUCUUGGCCAGGAGGCAUCAUCACCGUUUCGUGCACCACUCCGUCCCCUUCUCCUUAGAUUCCCCGUUCACACUAUCAACAUUGUCCUCCAAGAUGCCCUCAUCAAAGAUGAAGGGAGCUCUCGAUUCCUGAUCCAUCUAUUGGAGCAAGAGGAAGGAAAGAGCCUUAGGGAAGUACUACAGGCAGCUCCUGACAAAAUCAAUGACCUUCUGCAUGGCAAAAGUUUUCUCAUGUCUCAACCCUUCAAUGAUGAGGAGCAACUCUUGGUGCGUCACCUGGCCAUUCGGAUCUUAUCUGUGCUUGUGAAGCAUGAUGAUGAAUGGAUCGCCGACCAGCACGUUCUUAUUCAGACCCUCAUUGACAUCUGGGCAUCUGAUACCUAUCAUGCACACUGGAAACAGCCAGGGGAAGCAGCUGAAGCAUGGAGAUGGAAUGAGCCUCAGCUUGUGGCCAAGAUACUUUUGCGAUAUUUCCAUCAUCACCCCAACUCUAUUGAUCUUCUCUUUCACUUAAUGAGGGCGUGGCAUCUUCGUUACUUUGCCAGCUUUCAGUUUAUUGAAAUCUACAUUCAAGAAACUGUAGCUGGGACUUUUCCUGUGGACUGGAAACGUAGAGCAUUUUUCCGCUUUGUGGAGCUCUUCACGGCUCCUGAUCGUUGUGCAAAUGCAGUAGGGGGUCAGAGCCGAGAUGAGGAGGAUCUUGCAAAUCGUGCUGCAUCUGUGAUGCCAACACCACAAAUGAAGGCUGCAGUUCUUACUCGAAUCAUCAUUCCUUGCCUGAAAGCCAGUUUUAUUAAUGGAAAAGUGGAUGAUCUUGUUGGAACUCCUCCUGCUCCAGACCUUGAUUCCUCUGACAACAUCGUCUCAGUUCUUGAUGUGGAGAAUGCCAAUUGCUGUGGAGACAGUGUGCGGAUUGCAUUGCUUCAGUUGGCCUGCAUAUUUGUUGAGCAUGCCUCCCAGCAUAUCCAUGAUGUUGGGAACAAAAAGCAGGGAACAAAGCUACGCCGUCUUAUGACUUUUGCAUGGCCAUGCCUCAUGGGGAAGUCCUGUGUGGAUCCUUCUACCAAAUAUCAUGGACACCUUCUUCUUUCUCAUAUCAUUGCCACAUUUGCCAUCCACAAGCGCAUUGUCCUUCAAGUAUUCCACAGUCUCUUGAAAGCCCAUGCAGUAGAGGCCCGAGGAGUGGUUAAGAAAGCACUUGAAAUCCUCACACCUGCAAUGCCUGGACGAAUGGAGGAUGGGAAUACCAUGAUCAUCUAUUGGACCAAGAAGAUCAUCAUCGAAGAGGGUCACACUGUCGCACAGCUUGUCCAUAUUCUCUCUCUCAUUGUCCGUCAGUUCAAGGUAUAUUAUCCUGUGAGAACUCACUUGAUUAUCCAUAUGGUUCAAGCAGUACAGCGUCUAGGUCUUGCCCCCUCAGCCACGCCAGAUCAACGAAAACUGGCUGUAGACCUGGCUGAAGUCCUACUCAAAUGGGAGCUGAUGGCAUCCAAGGGACCCAAUCUCCUUGACACCAUUCCACAGGACCUCACUGAUUUAGCAAGUUCUACUGAGAAGGAAGAGGAAUCCAAGAUGGAUGUGAAUGAUGGCAGAGAAGAACAAGAAGGAAAGCAAGAAGAGGAGCCACGUUUGGAAAAGGCUCAUGCAGAUGCCAUUGUCAAUUUUCUCAUUCGCUUUGCUUGUCAAGUGAGGCCUUUUGCAAGCCAUUGCAAGGCAUACAUUGUGGUGUCUGAUGUGAACCAAGGUGAAGUCCUGAGCAAAAGAUGUCUUGCUCUGGCCAAAGUUGCAUUGAGUCCAGACUUUUGGCCUAAUACAGAUCUCCGGCUUGCAUGGAUGGAUAAACUAUUCCAGUCUGUGGAAGGUUCUGCUGGAGUACAGGGUGGAAACAUAGCAGGUGGAGGUGGAGGGACGGGCAAGGUAGGAGCAGUGACCAGUGUUUGCACUGCUUUGGAGCUUCUCAUCUAUCUCCUGGGGAUUCUCAGGAGGGAGCAGGUCUUAAAUGCAAUCAAGCCUCUUCACAAGGGCAUUACAGCCUGUAUGCUUUCCUCCAACACCAAGGUCCUCCGCACUGUUCAUGCCUUCCUCACUAAGUUGAUGGGGAUGUUCCCAACUGAAUCUGUGUCAUCUCAUGUUGCUUCUAAAUAUGAAGAACUGGAGGCCCUCUAUGCUUCAGUAGGAAAGAUCAUCUAUGAAGGGUUGACAACAUAUGAGAAAAUGUUGGGAGCCAGUCCAAACUCUCUCUAUGGGACACUUAUGAUCCUCAAAGCUGCUUGCACUAAUAAUCCAUGUUACAUUGAUCGUCUCAUCACUUCAUUCAUGCGAGUUUUGCAAAGGCUGAAUCGAGAGCACCUUGUUGCUGCUUCUUCCUCAGCUGCUACUGAUUCCAAUCCAGUGGGUACAGAGUUGCUGAUAGUGAGCUUGGACCUGGUGAAGAGGCGGAUUGGUGUCUUGGGGGUGGAAAUGAGAAAAGCUUUCAUUGGCUCUGUGUUGGUGGGCCUCAUUGAAAAAAGCCCUGAGCCAAAAGUCCUCAAGGCUAUCACCAAGAUGGUUGAGGAGUGGCUGGAAAACAAAAGCCCUCAGGCAGUGAACCAGGGACCAAGCCUACGGGAGAAGUCUAUUCUCCUCAGCCGAUUGAUGCAGCAGGUUGAAAGACGCUUCCCUGCUGACACUCAGCUCCAAGUCCAGUUUCUCACUAUGGUUCUCCAAAUCUAUAAAGAUGAGAGUCUGAAGGGAUCUGAGGUGACUGCAAAACUUGAACAGGCCUUUCUUGCUGGCUUGAGAUGCUCUCAGCCACAGCUCAGGAUGGAAUUCUUUCAAGUAUUUGAUGGGAGCAUGAAGAAACGCCUCUGUGAUCGGCUCCUUUAUAUAAUUUUCUCCCAGAACUGGGAGCAGAUGGGACCCCAUUACUGGAUUCAACAGUGCCUGGAACUGCUCCUAGCUACUGCCAUAUCAGAUCGAGACCUGGAGUUGGCACGGGAGAAGACAUCUGUAUUCCCUUCUUUUCAACAGAUGGUUGAUCCCAUUGAAUCUUUGUCUACUUUUCCCGGCUCAAUGAAUGAAGAAUCAGCUGAGGGAGAAGACCUGGCCAAAUUGAUAGCAUCAGAGAAGAAAUUCCUUUCUGAAGGAGCUUGUGGGUUGAGACUGGGGACUUUCUUGCAUGCUGUUGCUCAACUUGGUCACCUGGAAGCACCCUUGGCUGAGCACUUAUGGCUUGCUCUCUUUCCUCGAGUGUGGAAGGCUCUUACUGAGAGGCAGCAACAGACAUUGGCAGGAGAGAUGGUUCCUUUCCUCUGCUCAGGUGCUCAUGUACUCCAGAAGGAAUGUCAGCCAUCUCCUCUAAACACAUUCAUGGAAGCCCUGGCUAACUGCACUCCUGGAAUCCCUAUUAAACCGUGCCUUUUGAGGUACUUGGGUAAAGCACACAACCUGUGGCAUCGUGCAACUCUCAUGCUUGAGCAGGUGGCUUUUGAAUAUAGCUCUCUGAACUUGGUGAAGUCACAGAGGGAAGCAGCUGCUGACUGCUAUGAGUUUGAGCCCGUCCCCACAGUAAACUCAACAGCAAGUGAAGCAGUGGAGGCACUGGCUGAAAUGUAUUCCUUACUGAAAGAGGAAGACAUGUGGGCUGCAUUGUGGCAGCGUCACAAAGCUAAAUAUGCAGAGACUGGAAUAUCCUUGGCAUAUGCACAGCAAGGUUAUUUUGAUCAGGCACAGGGAGCAGUGGAGCUAGCCAUGACAAAGGGGAGACAGGAUCAUACAUCCUCUCCUGCCCCCUAUGCAUUACAGGCUGAAUACCGGCUCUGGGAAGACUUUUGGAUACGAUGUAGUCAGGAAUUGAAUCAAUGGGAAACCAUUGUGGAAUAUGGAUCCACAAUUGGAAAUCCUUGGCUCAUUCUGGAUGGCAUCUGGAGGAGUACUGCCCCAAAUUGGACUCAGAUGAAGGAAGCUUUGUCCCAGGUGGAACAGGCAUGUCCUAAGGACCUUGCUUGGAAGGUGAACCUUUAUCGAGGAUAUUUGGCAAUCUCACACCCUGAGGAUCAGCACCUGAACAUAGUUGAUAGACUUGUGGAAGUAUCUUCAGCUAUGUGUAUUCGAGAGUGGAAGAGACUGCCAUCUCUCAUUUCACAUAUUCAUAUCCCUAUCUUGCAAGCUGCCCAACAGGUCAUAGAACUGCAAGAAGCAGCUCAGAUUCACCAGAGCCUUUUGCAUGGAAGAGGGGGUGGAAGUGUAGGAUCCAAUUUGGGACCUGGGGCCCAUGCAGGAGCUACAACAGGCCCUGGGAUAGGAGCAGGAGCAGGUGCAACAACAACUACUUCUGCCUCAGCCCUUCAUGACAUGAAGGCCAUUGUGAAGACAUGGAGGAAUCGACUCCCUGUUGCAUGGGACUCUCUUGCACAUUGGUCUGACAUCCUUGCUUGGAGACAUCAUCAUUACCAGUUUAUCAUUCAGCAUUACAGCAAGGAAGAGCAGGGAAGUAGCCACAGUAUGCUAGGGGUGCAUGCAUCUGCUCAGGGGAUCAUCCAAUUUGGUCGGAUGGCCCGAAAGCAUCACCUUACUUCAGUCUGCUUGGAUGGACUCUCCAGGCUUCAUCACAUUUCCUCUGUUCCCAUUGUGGACUGCUUCCAAAAGAUUCGACAGCAGGUCAAGUGCUACCUUCAGAUGGGCACUGCCACUGGUCGAAAUGACCUCCAGGAGGUCUUGAAUCUCUUGACUUCAUACUUCCCUCGUGCUAUUUUGCAGGGUUUGGAAGUGAUUGAAUCGACAAAUCUCAAGUAUUUCAACAAGGAAAUGAAGGCAGAGUUCUUUGCCCUCAAAGGAGUCUUCCUCCAUCAUCUUGGUCGACAUGAGGAAGCUAACAAGGCAUUCAGUGCAGCUGUGCAGAUGCAUGAUACAUUGAACAAAGCCUGGUCUUACUGGGGUGAUUAUUUGGAGGCUUUAUUCCUGAAAGACCCUAGCAACACUAUCAUGGGAGUGUCAGCCAUCACGUGCUUCCUUCAUGCUUGUCGUGGACAGCCUGAGAUGCGUGCCCGCAAGCAUCUUGCCAAGGUCUCUUAUGCCUUCCUUGAAUUUAAUUUCCCGAGACGAUCUCAUGUACUUUGGAUCCUGACAUAUGAUGAUGACAGUCAUCAGUUGAGUGAAGCAUUUGAGAGGUAUGGUGGGGGAGUUGCUCCUCUGGUAUGGCUUCCCUGGAUCCCCCAGCUGGUCUCUGCCCUCCUUCGACCUGAAGCUCGAUACCUUUGUAAUCUCCUUAUUCAGGUGGGGCGAGUCUAUCCACAAGCAGUGUACUUCCCCCUUCGGACAUUAUUCCUCACCCUCAAGAUGGAGAUAGCUGAUCACAGCAAGAAUGCAUCUUCUGAUCAGUCUGCUAAUGACAGUGGCAGUGCUGCCAGUUCAACCCCCUCCACUCCUGCAAGCACAGGUUGGCAUACAUAUCAUUUGAAAACAAAUCUCUUUCUCUGUGGAGGAUGUGAUGACAGUUUCAAAAUUGUUUUUGAUGGAGGGGGAGCAAUAGGAGGAAGUGGGGGUGGAGCAGGAGGCAGUGAAGGAGCUGGCACAGGAACAGGAAGUGUGAAACCUAACAGCAGCAUGUGGCUCUGUUCUCACAUAAUGAGGCGAGAACGGGAAAUGCAUCCCACUAUACUCUCUACUCUUGAAGGCUUUGUUGAACAGAUGAACUGGUUUCGGGAGAACUGGUACGAGGAUGUCCUACGUCGCAUGAAGAGGGCCCUCAUGUUGGCUUAUGCAGCUGCCUUUGAGACUCGCUCCCAGGUUGCUAAGGCUGGAAUCUCCCCAGAUCUUCUUGCCUUCGUCUCCAAAGUUGUUGAAACCUUUGGCAAGGGACUAGGUCUAUGGGCAGAAACAUCAAUGGGGGGCCAUGGUGGGGACGGGAUGGACCCUGUAUUACAGCGCAUGCGAGCCACUUUGGCUGCUGACUUUGAGAAGUCUCAGCUUCCUUCCAUGAAACUCCAUUCCCUCAUACAGAAACUCAAAAAAUGGGCCCACAUUCUGGAAGCCCGCAUCAGACUAUACCCCAAGCAACACUUGAUUGAGGAAAAGUCUAGAUUCUUGAGCAACUUCAAUUCCCACCUGGCUGAAGUAGAACUUCCAGGUGAAUUCCUCAUGCCAAAGCAUUCCCACUAUUAUGUGCGGAUAGCAAGAUUCCUACCACGUGUGGAUGCUGUGGAGAAGUACAAUACCUGCUCCAGGAGGCUUUACAUCCGAGGCCAUAAUGGAUCCCUAUAUACAUAUCUGGUGAUAACUGAUUCCAUUGCUGGUGAGGCAAGAAGUGAGGAGAGAGUCCUCCAGCUUCUCCGGUUCCUCAACACUCCUCUGAACAAGCACAAGGAGACAGCAAGGCGUCUCCUUGGCUUCACAGUCCCAAAAGUGGUAGGCGUGUCACCACAUAUGCGCUUGGUGGAAGACAAUGUGUCCUCUGUCUCUCUGUUAGAUGUAUUUAAGGCCACUUGCACUGAGCUCCCUGAUGCUCCCAUUGCUAAGUACUAUGACCGUCUUGCUGCUGUCCAGUGCUCUGCUGUGAUGGAAUGUGCUGUUAUGCAGGGAAGAGGGAUGGGGAUCACACAUCAGAUGUUGCUUGAGGUCUUGAAGGAAGUCCAAAAGACUCAGGUACCCAAGACAUUGCUGCGAGACUGGACCUUUCGUACUUACCCCAACCCAACUCAUCUGUGGAUGUUCCGCAAGACACACUGUAUGUCUACCACUGUCACUCCCAUUCAGGUGGCAUCACAGUUGAGCCUAAUGUGCCUUGUUGAAUAUGGACUUCACCUGACUCGACUCUAUCCAGAGAUGCUCUAUGUGCAUCGAGACUCUGGUCUCCUCACUGCUUCCUACUUCAAGUUUGAUCUCAAUCCUGCCACUGGCAAGUAUUCUUCCCUACCAUCCAUCCCCUCCUUACUUUUGGUUGAAGUAGUUCAGAUUUUUGUCAUCUCAACAUUGCAGUUGGAUGGGAAUGGGCCUGUGCCAUUCCGUCUGACUCCAAAUCUGGUGGAGCUCGUGACUGGAGUGGGAGUAGUGGGUCCCUUGACUGCAUCCAUGAUUGCUGCUGCUCGUGCCUUUGCCUUUCCAAACAACAAAAUCCCUGCCAUCUUGAGAGCCAUUCUUCGUGACGAACUCUUCCUUUGGUUGCGCAAGGUUGUAUCUCUCCUGUCACAGCCUUGGCUUAUGUUAAUCCUGAUCAUGGGUUGGCUUUGGCAGCGAGAUGGAGGAGGGGGAGGAAGAGGAGAGGAGGAAGGAUCAGUGUAUGGCAGGGAACGGGAAGCUGAGCAGCUGGUGAAUCUGGUCAGCAAAUGUGUGACAAACAUCUCUACUCGCAUCCACAGUCUCUCCACCUUUGAUGGCUUGGAUUCCAAGGCAAGUACCCUUGUGGCAGCUGGGAGCAGUCCAGACAAUCUCUGUCGCAUGGAUCCCGCCUGGCAUCCCUGGCUUUAGCAGAGAAAAUCUCCAUUCCUCAUGCAAUUUUUACCUGUAUUUUCAGUGAAUUCAGUGUUCUUUUCAUUAAAUCAGCAUCCAUGG